GUUUGUAAAUGUCAUAUUUAUUUCGGUUGCAUAUGUAAAGCAUUUUUUCGAUGGUCCUCCUGGAUGCCUAGGUGGCGCACGAGGAGUGACUAGUCAAACCGCAACGUGUAGCUUCUUCAGCGCUUGCUAAUAAACCCUCACAAAAAUAACAUUGAAUCUAAAAUUCAUUUCAAUUAAACGUACAUAUCACGAAUAGAAAACAAUAACUGUCACUGAAAUGUAAUCAGAUGUUUUAAAUAUUUAUCGCCGCUUUGUGGCGCUUCAAAACACCUGGGGGCGAUAGUGUGUCAAUAAGUGAUGAUUGACUGCCGAAGAAGAAAGUUAAUCUUACUUCCUUGCCGAGCUUCAUUGCACUUUUAAAUUCGAAACAACAAAAUUCACUUUGGUCGGAAUGUAGAGUCGAGGCAGGGUGAUAUUUUUAUGCAUUUUAUUCAUUGUUUCUCGUCUUAAAUUAGCGUUCACAUGCUGGCGAAAAUCUGUUAUUUUAAGUGUUGUUUAACGUUGUUUCAGUUCAGUCAUCAACCGGUUAGCUGGAGUGAUAAUUUGUUUUUUCGUUUUAACAAAAGUUUUUGCAUAAUCUAGCAUUGCGCGUCGAUUUUGGAUUCGAGUGGUUUCAUGAGGGUUUACGACGAAAUGCCACUGGACCACUGAUGUGACCGGUGGGAGGACUGCAGUUCCAAGCAGGUUAUCCUAAAAAAAAACAAAAUGGAGGGCGUGAGUUUUGACCCCAUGGAACAUGCACUCCUGGGCGAGGACUCUCGUUCGGUGGUGAGCCGCUUCCAGCAGCGCUACUGGAAAACCAAGCAGACGCUCAUCAGGGUGAGCGGCAAGAAGGAGGAUCAGCACGUGGUGGCCUCAGACGCCGACCUGGACGCCAAACUGGAGGUUUUUCACUCCAUCCAGAGGACAUGCAUGGAGCUGCUGAAGGUGAUCGAGCAGUAUCAGAGGAGGAUCUGCUUUCUUUCCCAAGAGGAGAAUGAGCUGGGUCGCUUCCUGCGCUCUCAGGGCUCUCAGGACAAAAGCCGGGCGGGAAAGAUUAUGCAGGCCACGGGCAAAGCGCUCUGUUUCUCCUCCCAGCAAAGACCGGCGCUGAGGAAGCCCCUGUGCCGCCUGUACCAGGAGGUGGAGACGUUCCGCUUCCGGGCCAUCUCGGACACGUGGCUGACGGUCAAGCGCAUGGAGCAGAGUCGCACCGAGUACAGAGGAGCCCUGCUGUGGAUGAAGGACGUCUCCGCCGAACUGGACCCGGACACACGCAAGCAGAUGGACAAGUUUCGUAAGGUUCAGGCAGAGGUCCGCUGCACCAAGCGCAGCUUUGACCAGCUGAAGAUGGACGUGUGCCAGAAGGUGGACCUGCUGGGAGCCAGUCGCUGCAACCUGCUGUCCCACGUGCUGGCCACCUACCAGGUAAGACUUGGCCGCGGCCUCCCAGUGGGAGGCCUCCACGCUUUCUCAUGUGCCCCCCACCCCCCCCAGACCACUCUACUGCAUUUCUGGGAGAAGACGUCUCACACCAUGGCUGCCAUUCACGAGAACUUCAAGGGCUGCCUGCGCCACGAGGGGCCAUCAAGGGAGAAGAAGAAGAGGAGGAGGAAGAAAAGUCAAGCAGAGAAAAAAGAUGACGACAAGGCCACACCGGAUGAACUGGUAUCGCUGGCGAAUGGCAUCAGUAGCGGUACAACAAGAGAAGGAGAACCGUGUGAAUCAUCGUCGUCGGAGCUUCCGGAGGAGGACAAGGACAGUUCGGCCCUGCUGGAGGAGAUCCUGGCAGGCUUGUCGCUUCACGAGCCCGCCCCCUUGUGCCGACAGUGGAGUCCGGUGUUCGGCGAUGCCCCGGGAGAUGGGAACGCCGCAGCGGCAGACCCCCGCUCGCUAUUUCUACCUUCUCAGCUUCUGGACCACAACUUGAAGACGCUGCUGGAAGAUGGAGCCGGGAGCACUUUGCAGCCUGUCGCCGCGGCAACAGAGCAACCCCAAGGAGCCGUUGGACUGAAAGCAGCGAGCUGUUCCGGUCCGUCCAAGGACACGUUGGCGUGGUUCAACCUGUUUGCAGACUUGGACCCCCUGGCCAACCCGGAUGCGGUCGGCAAUAGCCACACCGAGCAACAACUUUACAAUGCUUAGUUAGCUACAGUAGCUAGCCAUCCACACGAGCCUGCGAGCUUCCAACCAAGCAAACAUUCAAGGGAUUUCAUCUGCACUUCCUGUUAAUGGUGAAAAAUGCAAACAGAAUGUGACCAAAAUGAGCUUCAGACCAGAUCUUAACGCGCACAUUAUUUUAGCUAAGCCAAAGACGACGACGGACUCAAAUAUAAACUCUGGCGUGUCGGAAAUAAAACAUAUCAUGACAAUACA